GUGCGCACGCGCUUCCGUAGCGGAGGGGGAAACUGGCCGCACGGACAGAGCCGUCGGAUUGGGGCAGCAGCCGGCGAGUGGAUCCGGCAACUCCCAAGAAGCAGACGCAGGCGGACCGGCGGGUGCCGGGUGCUGGAAAACGAAGGGCAGGCUUUCCCCGCGGGUCUGUGAAGGUCAGCAGCUCCAGCGGGUGCCAGUCAGCUUUAAGAAAAAGUAGAAAUCACUCCUGACUGUACUGAAUAGCAAAAAUUAAGUGACUUUUCCUGUACUGCCAAAUCAUGGCACUACCAUUCCGGAAGGACUUAGAAAAGUACAAGGACCUGGAUGAAGAUGAGCUCCUUGGAAAUCUAUCAGAAGUAGAACUGAAACAACUGGAAACUGUUCUGGAUGAUCUUGACCCUGAGAAUGCCCUUCUGCCUGCAGGGUUCCGGCAGAAGAACCAGACGUCAAAGUCCGCCACAGGGCCGUUUGAUAGAGAACACCUCCUUUCAUAUCUGGAGAAGGAGGCAUUGGAGCAUAAGGACAGGGAAGACUAUGUGCCCUACACUGGAGAAAAAAAAGGGAAAAUAUUUAUCCCUAAACAGAAGCCUGUACAGACUUUCACAGAAGAAAAAGUAUCUCUUGACCCAGAAUUAGAAGAAGCUUUGACAAGUGCUUCUGAUACAGAAUUGUGUGACCUUGCAGCUAUCCUUGGGAUGCACAAUUUGAUAACGAAUGCACAGUUAUGUAAUAUAGUGGGAAGUAGUAAUGGUGUCGACCAAGAACAUUUCUCAAAUGUGGUGAAAGGUGAAAAGAUUCUUCCAGUAUUUGAUGAGCCACCAAAUCCAACCAAUGUUGAAGAGACUUUAAAGAGAAUUAAAGAAAAUGAUGUUCGUCUUGUUGAAGUCAAUUUGAAUAAUAUAAAGAAUAUCCCAAUUCCAACUCUAAAAGAUUUUGCAAAAGCUUUGGAAACCAACACACAUGUGAAAUAUUUCAGUCUUGCAGCCACCCGGAGCAAUGACCCUGUUGCUGCUGCUUUUGCAGAUAUGCUGAGAGUGAACAAAAAUUUGAAGAGCUUAAAUAUGGAGUCCAACUUUAUUACAGGAGCUGGGAUUCUAGCACUGAUUGAUGCUUUGAGAGAUAAUGAAACCCUGGCAGAGCUCAAGAUUGACAAUCAGAGGCAGCAGUUGGGGACAGCUGUGGAAUUGGAAAUCGCCAACAUGCUUGAGGAAAAUACAAAUAUCCUUAAAUUUGGUUAUCAGUUUACACAGCAGGGACCCCGAACCAGGGCAGCUAAUGCUAUAACAAAAAACAAUGACUUAGUUCGCAAAAGACGAGUUGAAGGAGACCACCAGUAAAUCCACCGAGAUACAAUCUUUGGGAGACUUUAAAAGGUCACCAAGGGCUCAUGUUGGUGAUGUCAGAUGUAAAAUUUUCCUGGAUAGAAGGGAAAAGACUGGAAAUUUUUUUUUUUUUUAACUACAUGUAUCUUUUUUCUAGUUUACAUUGUUAUCAGUUUCAAAUUGCAAAAUCAAUAGUAGGUGAUAUUUUGUAUUUUAUAACAUUAUUUCUUUCUGCUAAAAUCAGUUUUAAUUUAGCUUAAAUGGUUUGUGAGGAGUCAUGAGUUUAGGAAAUCAUUUACGUAGAUAGUAAGAACAUUUUAAGGACCGAUCUUUUUUAAAUCAAAAAGGGACAUUACUGCCAUUAGAAUUGCUAUUGUACCUGUUAGGUACAAGACAUUCACAGCUUUCCUUAUUCCAUCACAUGAAGCCCUUUCCUGUUUUAGAAUACAUGAACUUGGCAAGAGUAUGCUUUUUGCUUCUAUCAAGAAAGCAAGAUACCAGAGUUUUAAAACGACUCCAAAUCUGGUCAUCGGCUGAGAAAUAAAAGCCGGUCUGUUGGGGAGAAAAAGGGGCCUUCUGCAUAUUCCUGGUCACCGCACUUGUCCACUGUGUCACCAACACCUGGACUUAUUUCAACAAAGUCAUCAGCUUGGCCAGGUUAGUACUUUGUUUAAAAGGACAGUUAUGGCUAAAUUCACUAUAGUUUUUUAUUUCAAUAAUGUGGGCAUUACUAAAUUUUUGUGAAAGCUCAUAGUAAAAAGCAUCGAAGUAGACAAGCUGUUUUCUUCCCUGUAAAAGGCAUACAUAUAGUCAACUCUUGGUUAUUUAGGAUAAUAAGAAAAAAGAAGGCGGUUAUUAAACACAUGACAUCGAAGAUAACAAACAUGAUGGAAUUUAAGUCUGAGGCACAUGCCAAAUAGUCACUUAAACUGAUGCUUACUGUAAAUUAGAAACUGGCAUGUGUAUAAAUUGUGACACAGUAUCGUGAAAGUUUGUGUGUGCACUGCAGAAUUACAUCAACAAUACUGAAUUGGCACUCCACGAAUUUUCCAACCAGUAGGGAAAACUGUUCUUCAUCCAUCUACUUUUAUAUUCCCUUUCAUCAUCUGGCUUUUUUGUCCAUAUUGUGUAAAAGGAAUCUCUCACAAGAGAAGUUUCUUCAUACUGCUCACGGUAUUCAAACAAGCACUUGCACAGUGUACCAUGGUGGGAUGUGGACCUGUUCAGGGCAGCGCCUGGAGCAGACGAUGGCAGAGUUGACCCAGCUACAGAGGGCAGGCAGGAAAAAAUCUGAGUAAUCCUGACCCCCGAAAUUGAGGCCUGACUAUCCUCUAUCACUUACACGGAGUAAAGGGAAGAAUCCCAGUUAAAAGUGGGGAUAGAUGUGUUGAUUCUUUUAAAAAGAAUUUUUGAAAUUGAAUUAUAAACCGUCACUCCUUUGGCUUGGGCUGGACAGUUUACUUAUUGAGCUAGGCAGCUUCUUGUGUGUGAUCUGGUAUUAACCCUUCUCAACAGGCAAAAGCUUCCCUCAGAAGAAGUGGGAGUCUUUGUUUUUCUGAAUCAAUAUCCAGUGUUUUAAAGGGGCCAAAGAUCGACUUUGCACUAUUCCCUUUGAGUUAGAGACCACUGAUUUUUUUUUUUCCAAGUUAGCAAGGGUUUCUGUGUGUGUGUGUGUGUGUGUGUGUGUGUGUGUGUGUGUCCCCUUUUCAUAUGCAACUUUGGAAAUGUACUUGACUUUAGAGACUACACCCUUCCAGCAGGAUGGGGAGUCAGCACAGAGCAGGCACCCAGGGCUUCCUUGCUUGCUUUGUCUAUAAGUCAGUGAACUGAUAAGUAUGUUACCCCUUCUAUCAUCAGGUUUUUUUUUAAUAGACAUAAGCGAGACCCUACAUAGUGUGUGUAUGGUACUUACGGGUAAUCUCUUUUUCACUGAUUAUUUACCUAAGUAUGAAGAAGUUAAGUGUUUAGCUUAUACCAUUCCAGUUCUCAGCUGUGACAGUGCAUUAUAUAAUUGAAGAAAAGAUUUCAUCAAUAUCUUUAAAGCUGAACAUUCAUCCAACUGAAUACAGAAAAUCUUUUCAAGAGUUGUAACUACAAGGGAGAAAACUGGUGUUUACUUUGAUCUUUAAAACUCCAGCACCUCUUAACCAUUUAGUAACAUUCAGUAUUUCUAUAUAUAGCUCUAAAGCGUUGUAACAGAUUAGGGUUCUCACAUAGUCUUGAUUUUUAAACCAAAGAUUUUUCUAAGACCAUACAUUCUCUAGGCUAACCAAUUUAAACUUACCUGGUUAUCUAAUCAAAGAAUAUUCUUUGCAUUUUUAAAUUGCUGUUUAAAGGCUUUUAAUUGCCCAUUUUGAAAAACUUUAUAUUUGUCUGAAGAUCUCAUUUUUCAAGUAUGUCUACAUGAAAUUGCAUUGAAAAACAUCAAUAUUAAUAAUGCUGAUAUUAUUAAAGUGGAUUUUGGUGCUAUAAACUUGUAGCUAAAAUCUAGUAGAAGUCUUAAGUAUAGGUGAAAUACAUUCCUAAAGGUGCCUGUCAUUUAAAAGACCAAAUAUACAUUUUGUGUUUUAAAAAACUCACCGAUUGUUAGAGAUUUCAAGGAGAAUUAUCUUGGUCAUUAAAUUGCAAAUUCUUGUUAUUUGAAUGAAGUAACCCACACGCUCGCUUUGUGUAAUAGAUGCACUCUGGAAAAGUUACAUGUAAAUAGAACUUUGUAAAUGGUUUUUCCAGUGACAGUAUCUAAUGUAUCUUCAUUUAAAAAGGGGAUUCCACGGUAUAAUAAAAAUUAUAAAAGAAAAAAUGUUUUCAUAAAAUGUUA